CGCAGGCGCCUCCGGCCGGGCGUGACUCAGGCUCCGGGGCGGGCCCGCCUCCCUCGGCGGAUACCCCAGCAGGGCGGCGGCGGCGGCUCUUCUCGGCGCGUUACUUCCAGUAAGCCACCCGGAGUCACUGUCUUUGAGUUGGGCAGCCAUGCAAACGCUGUGAAGGAACGAAAGGGCAAGCCGCAACCCCUCAGAGAGCUUCGGGGAGGUGGCCACGCUUCCCAGCCAGGGUCUUGAGGGAAUUCCCCAUCUUGGCUUUCCUCGCCUGCCAGGGUCUGUGCGGAGUGGGGCAGCCCAGCGACCCCAUGGCGGGCAGCCAGGAGCACUUUGGCGACUACCAUCGCUUGCCGGACUACGAAGACGACUCCCCGCCCGAGGAGGAGGAGGAGGAGCUGCUGGUCCAUGUUACUGAGGGGCUGAAAGAUUCCUGGCAUCACAUCAAGAACUUAGACAACUUCUUCACCAAAAUCUACCAUUUUCACCAGAAGAACGGCUUUGGUUGCAUGAUGCUUUCGGACAUCUUUGAGCUGGUGCAGUUCCUGUUUGUGGCCACUUUUUCCACCUUCCUGCUCUGCUGCGUGGAGUACGACAUCCUCUUUGCCAACCAGCCAGUCAAUCACACUCACCAGGGAGGAGGCGGUGGCCGUCUCAUGCCCGACUGGAGCAAGGUGACGCUCCCCGAUGCCAUCCUUCCAGCUUCUCAGUGUGCCCAGAGGAUCCAGGCCAGCAGCGGGGUCAUCUUCCUGCUGGUGAUGGCUGCCACCUUCUGGCUGUACCGCCUGGCGAAGGUUCUCUGCAGCCUGCUGGGCUACUGGGAGAUCCGCUCCUUUUACACCAAGGCACUCAAGAUCCCUUCGGAGGAGCUUUGCAACUGCAGCUGGCAGGAGGUGCAGGCACGGCUGAUCUCGCUCCAGCGGGAGCAGCAGAUGUGCGUCCACAGGCGGGAGCUGACGGAGCUGGACAUCCACCACCGCAUCCUGCGCUUCAAGAACUACCUGGUGGCCAUGGUGAACAAGUCCCUGCUGCCGAUCCGCUUCUGCCUGCCCCUCCUGGGCCGAGGGGUCUUCCUGACGCAGGGCCUCAAGUACAACCUGGAGCUGCUGCUCUUCUGGGGGCCGGGCUCCCUCUUCCAGGGCAAGUGGAACCUCCAGCCCCAGUACAAGCGGGCCGGUGCCCGCCUGGAGCUUGCUCGCCGCCUGGAGCGCAGCCUGCUUCUGCUGGGGCUGGCCAACCUGCUGCUCUGCCCCUUCAUCCUGGUGUGGCAGGCGCUGUACGCCUUCUUCAGCUACACGGAGGUGCUCAAGCGGGAGCCUGGCAGCCUGGGGGCCCGCCGCUGGUCGCUCUACGGCCGCCUCUACCUGCGCCACUUCAACGAGCUGGACCACGAGCUGCAGGCCCGCCUGAGCCGGGGCUACAAGCCGGCUUCCAAGUACAUGAACUCCUUCGCCGGCCCGCUGCUCACGGUGCUGGCCAAGAAUGUUGGCUUCUUUGCCGGGUCCAUCCUGGCUGUCCUCAUCGCCCUCACCAUCUAUGAUGAGGACGUCCUCACCGUCCAGCACAUCCUGACUGCCAUCACACUCCUGGGGCUCAUCGUCACCGUGGCCAGGGCGUUCAUCCCGGAUGAGCACCUGGUGUGGUGCCCGGAGCAGCUUCUCCAGUGCGUCUUGGCUCACAUCCACUACAUCCCGGACCACUGGCAAGGCAACGCCCACAAGUCCGAGACCCGCGAGGAGCUGGCGCAGCUCUUCCAGUACAAGGCAGUCUUCAUCCUGGAGGAGUUGCUGAGCCCUAUCGUGACGCCCUUCCUCCUCAUCUUCGCCCUCCGGGCCAAGGCCCUUGACAUCGUCGAUUUCUUCCGCAACUUCUCCGUCGAGGUGGUGGGGGUUGGGGACAUCUGCUCCUUUGCCCAGCUGGACAUCCGCAACCACGGCAAUCCCCAGUGGCUGUCCCAGGGCCGGACAGAAGCAUCCAUGUACCAGCAGGCAGCGAACGGCAAGACGGAGCUCUCGCUGGUCCACUUUGCCAUCGCCAAUCCACGCUGGCAGCCCCCCCCAGAAAGCUCCCUCUUCAUCGGGCACCUGAAGGAGAAAGUGCAUCACGACGCCUCCCGUGCCCAGCGCCUCCUGGCUGAGGGGCCCUUAGGAGCCUCCCUGCUCUCCGACGAGGGCCCCGGCCCUGGGCCAGAUGCCCUCCUAGCCAGUGUCCUGGCCAAUCCUGUGCUCACAGCGGGAAGCCUGGUAGCCUGGGCAGACCGUCGGCUCCUCACUCAGCCUGCCGGCACAGCCAGCACAACUGCCAGCGUCUUGGCCUCCCUCUCCCGUUCCCGGCUGCCCCGGCGCGGGAGCCGCCCCGGAGAGGCCUCUGUGUGCAACAGAGAGAGCCCCCUUCUGGAGGACAGCAGCGCCACCCCAUCUGCAAUGCGCCCGGCUCCCCUCACCCACUCGGUGCUUCUGUCCGAGUUUGCCUUGGCUGAGAUGAGCCUGCACGCUAUAUACAUGCACGAGCUUCACCAGCAGCAAGCAGCAGCCCGCCUUCCUUCGCAGCCUUCAGCACAUACAGUAUCCCCUCGGCACCCCUUCGAUACGCAUGGCCAGGAUUGCUCCCGAGGGGGCAGGGAAGAGGAGCCAGCUGAGACCCAGCAGCAGCAGCAGCAGCAGCAGCAGCAGAGCUAGCGGGAGCCCUGCCCUCCUCUCUUCCUCUGGCGUUUCUGGAGAGCUGGCACUGUCAGGGUCAGUUUGCCAGGAUGGCCCUUCUGCAGACAGAGCGUGCCUGAAAGCAGAGCAGCCGCGCUUCUCCCCACUGCAGCAGGAGCAGAUCGUGGCCACGCCUCCUUCGCUGUGGACUUGGCUGCGACAAGGAGCCUCAUCCGUGAGGCUUUCCGGACCCUCUGUGGGGGGGGGGGGGUGCCCUUCUCAGGGGUGAAUAAGCUUUGGGGCUGGAUCAGGCCCUACAUGGUGCUAUUUGUAUUGAGGGGGUCCCCGUGCUCAAGAGAGAAGUGUGCGGGAGACACUCUUCUCCCAACCCCGUGCUUUUCCCUCCCUCCGUGUCAUGGGGCUGCCCACCCCCUCCACUGUGCGU